AUGGCAUCGACACACUCGCGCAGUGCGUCAGAAGAGUCGAAUAUCGCGCCCAUGUCGUACAUUCUCGAGCACGUAUUACAGUACCCUGGCUCCUACGACAUUCCGCUCCGGACCAUGCACGAGCUCAAUCGCAAAGCCCAAUCUCUUCCGAAGGAUCUUUCUCGCGCCCAAACACCUAGUGGAAAUUCGGGCAAUGCGUCACCAGUUACCGGCCAGUUUGCCUGGAAUGGUGCCGAGGCUGCGACGAUGAAUUUCACGUCGCAACUCAUGAAGCAGCUGCAAUCCCUACCUACACGACCUGGCUCGUUACCACCUACUUUCAUUGUCAACUUUGUCAGUCGAUGUUUCCAUCCUUCGAUUGGCCUCGUCGACUGGAACCAAGCCCUGACAGCGCUGGACUACCUGAAUGAUUUGGACUCCCGACGGCGUAGGGAGACAAACUUGGCCUUUGCGAGGCUGCACAUCCACGAGGAUACAUACGACACUGAUAUGGCUUUCAUGGCCGAAAAAUUCCCAGGAAUUGCCCUAUGGGUCAGAAACAUUGAGGGCAAAAACAAAAAGGCCGACCAGUACUAUGCUAUGAUGUGGCUUGGUCUGCGCCGAUGGAUCAUGAUCAAUGUGCUAUCAGAGGAGCCAUUCAAUAAGCUCGACUGUCUAAGCCUGCUCAAUACCUUGUUUCCCCCCAUGCGUGACCAGACAAAGCUCCAUCCACUAUUGAACCAUCAGACGUUGAAGGAAGAGCGCCAGUGCUUCUUCGAUAUGAUCGGCCGCGUGCAGAAGCAUGGCCCAGUGGUCCUGCAGCCUAUCAUCGACAAGAACAAAGGUUCAGGCGACGUGACUGGCUGGCCCUCUGUCCAGAAUACGGUUGACAAGUAUCUCCGCGUAGCGAAAAACAUCAUCGAGGACUGUAUGAAAACGACAGGCCCAGAGACAUUCGACCGCUACGCGAAUGAGCGCAGCAAAGAGAAGAAACACGACUCUGGCGUGAGCUUUGGAUCCGAACGUAGACCGAGUGUAGGCUCAAAUCUACUCGAUAGACAAGCGACGGCGCCACUGCCGAACUUUGCACCGGCCCCUAAAGGCCUCAGUAAACUCGAGAGGAUCACCCGCGAGUUCAAGCGCAUGCGCGUCAAGCCAAGACCGGAAGUUGACGAGAUCGUUCGAAUCGGACAGCCUGCUGCUGCCGAUUUCAUUCCUCAAUCCGCCGAGAACACUGGAAAGAAAACGUUAAAGAAGGCACGGUCGUUAGCCAGCCUCAAAUUCAGUAACGGCAGCGCCCUAUCCCUGGCCAGCAGGAAGGGUAGUGAUGCCGUUCCUUUCGACGCAGAGCAAAUGAAGAAGCAUCGUAUGAUUUACGAGGCGUCAGUCAGCAAGAACGGCAACAGCCACGUAUAG